AUGAGUCUCAAAGACCAGGUUGUCCUUGUCACAGGCUCAUCUCGCGGUCUUGGUCUAGCCAUUGCGAGGGCGUUCCACAAUGAAGGGGCGAAGGUCAUCCUAAACUAUUUCAAAAAGACUGAAUUCUACAUGCGAGGGCUCGCGGAAAAUCUCGGGUUUGACAGGGGGGAUCAUCUUUUGUUCCAAGCCGAUGUCACCGAUGCCAACCAAGUCCAAGAACUUUUCAGAGCUGCUGAGCGCCACUUCGGUAGGCCAAUAUCGUGCGUCGUAAACAACGCUAUGGUGGGCGACUUUGCUUUCAAUGGAGACGCAAGGCCCAAAGUCUCCGAUCUCACCUGGUCGAACUUCGAUGUGCAGCUGCAGGGAUUUCUUCGAGGAGCCUUGAACACCACGCAGGCAGCUCUUCCGGGUUUUGAGAAGCUAGGCUACGGCCGCAUCAUCAACAUUGGCUCGAACUUGUUUCAGAAUCCCGUAGUGCCUUACCACGAUUAUAUUGCAGCCAAGGGAGCGUUGCUGGCAUUCACCAGAACAUGUGCAGCCGACCUAGGACCAAAGAGCGUCACCGUCAACAUGGUCUCUGCGGGUCUCUUGCAGAUCACCGAUGCCAGCGCAAGCACUCCAAAAGAGGUGUUCGAUCACAUCAAGGCCGUAACACCCCUGAGAAAAGUCACAACAGCUGAGGAAGUGGCUGGUGCGGUGUUGUUCUUUGCUAGCCCGUGGGCCCGUGCUGUGACUGGCCAACAAAUAGUGGUUGAUGGAGGGUUGGUCAUGAAUUGA